CAGUCUGAGCUUUUCCAGCGCAGCUUUGAUCCUACAGAAAUUCCAAACUUGGCUUCGAAACCCAAACUCCAAGCAUGGCCAAGGCAGACGAGAGACGUUUUCUGGGGAGAGACAAUCCCAACCCGAGCCGCAAUAGUUAAACCUGGAGCCCCAGAAUGUUUCUGAAAGGAACAGCGACGACUCCCAUCGUGGUGAUUCUCUGCUCUUUGAUACCAUCUUUGGCGGCAGAUGGAGGAGUGUUCCUGCCAGCUCCACAGAACCUCUCUGUUCGUUCCACCAACAUGAAGCACAUCCUAAUCUGGAGCCCAGUCACCGUUCAUGGAAAAUCUGCAAAUUAUUCAGUUGAGUUCCAGGGGGAGUACGAAAGAUAUUACAGUGGGCAUACCUGGAUCCCAACCAGUUGGUGCAACUCCAUCAGCUCUCCUCAGUGUAACGUUACAGAUGACAUCACUGCCACGGUGGCUUAUAACCUGAGGGUCAGAGCUACUCUGGGCAAGGAGACUUCUGCUUGGACCACGCUGGAAAAGUUUUUUAAUCGCAACUCAACUGUCCUAACCCCUCCUAAAAUGAAAGUCUAUGUGGAUGGAUACCAUUUAAUAGUGGAAGUGGAAGACAUGGGGCCAUCUUUUGAAUACCAAUUGAUGUACUGGAGGAAAGGCCAUGAUGCUAAGGUUGUCAACAAGACCUUGAGGGAAGGUGGCACGCGUACCCACCUGGAGACCAUGGAGGCUGGAGCCGAGUACUGCGUGCGAGCCCAGACUGUGGUGGAAGUCAUCGAGAGGAGAAGUGACUUCAACCAGAUGGACUGUGUUAGAGUACCAGAUGAAUUCCUCCCCUUGACUCUGAUGCUGGUGUCGUUCGCUGGAUUUCUGGUGACUCUAGUCACCCUGCCGCUCCUCGUUUGGAAAAUGAAUCAGAUCUUCCGAUACUCGUGUUGCCCCGAGGUCGUCCUCCCUAACACCUUGAGACUAAAGGAUUCACCGCAGAAGUUAAUCAACUGCAAGAGGGAGGAGAUCGAAUUCUGCGAUACGACCGUUCGGGCGCUGUCUCCUGAGGAUCUCUUCCGGGCUUGGAUCCAGGAAACUCUGUAGACGGGCCAGCCGGAUUUAGGCUCAGUCCCAUUGAUCAGGCCCGACGAGCUCCAGAAGGUCUCUCCAGUGGAUGACUUAGAUGGGGUUUCUCACAGCCGCUUGUACUCCACCCUGAAAUGUUUACAGACUUGGUGGGUAACUUUCGGAUGACUGACGGGCCUGGGAGUUGAUGGGCCUGCUGGUUUAGUUGGAAGACUGGUGAGCGGCAAUGCUGCGGGUGUGUAAGGAUUUAGUGACAUACCUGAGAUGACAUCUUCUCCGGGGGAGAGGGCUACCUCCUUGAGAGAAACUGAACAAGAGUCCAGUUCUGCCUUCCUUUCCUUGCUUC